AUGAAAGCAUUGCUUGGGUCACAUCUUUUAAGCAAAACAGGCUUGAUCGGAUCCCAGAUUUUAGAUUCUCAGCCACUUAUUCUUUUGUAUUUUUCUGCUAGCUGGUGUCCUCCUUGCAGACAAUUUACCCCCACACUCAUAGACUUUUACAAUAAAGUGAAUACACCAAAAAAGCAAGCAGAAGUAGUGCUUAUUCCUGCAGACAGGACUGAAGAAGACUUUAUAGAUUACUAUGAAAAAAUGCCUUGGCUUUCAGUUCCAUUCGCUAAUGCUUCUGUUAUCUCUCCUUAAGAUUAAGCAAGAUGAUUUUAAGAGAGGCAAAAGUGCUUUUUUUAUUAAAAAAUCUAGAUUAAUUAUAAAAUUUAAGCAUAUCUAAAAUUAAAAUUGUUAACUCCCCCCUUUAAAUUAAAAAAAAAUUGUUCCAAUUAAAAAUGGGGUAUUUAAUUUAUUUAUAAAAUUGGAACUUUUAAAAAUAUAAAUCGAGUACAUACUUUGAAUUUUAACUUAUUUUUAUGAAGAAAUAAUUUAAAAAAUAAUUGAUUCAGUGUGCUAUUUGCACUUUUUUCAUUAAAUUAGGUUAAACUAAUUUUAUAAAAAAUAGUAUUUUAAAUCUCUAAUUAUUUUUUUAAAACAAAAUUAAUUAAGCAUAAUACUUUUGAAGUUUAAUUUAUUUUAUGAAGAAUUAAAUAAAAUAGAAAUCGAUUCAGCACGAAAUUGUUUAAAUAUCAUCCUACUUGCAUUUGCAUAUUAUUUUCAUAUUAAAAACAAAUUUUAUUCCAAAUAAUUGAUGGUCAAAGUACCAAAAAUGAAAAUUUUACUGAUAAAUUGUCCAAUUUAAAGGGGGAGUAAGAAAUCUUGUUAUAAGAACUAUUAGUCAUACUUUAAAAAUUAUUCGAUUACUAUUAUAGGGUAGUUAAUUUUCCCCAAAGCGAACAUUUUUCUAAUGGGUUUUCCCCUUUUAAAGGCAGAGUAAGCAGCUUUUGGGCGAAAAAUAUAAAGUCCAAACGAUACCUACAUUGGUGCUCACUGAUAAAGAUGGGAAUGCAUUGAAUACGAACUGCAGAUGGGAAGUUGUACAAAAAGGAGUUGAAGCACUGAAAGGGUGGGAAGAGCUAGUCGCCAAAACAAAAACUAAAUAG